AGGGGGGAGCCGCGGGGGGGCGAGGAGGAGGAGGCCGGGAUGAAGGCCGUGGCCACCUCCCCGGGCGGGAGGUUCCUCAAGUUCGACGUCGAGCUCGGCCGGGGGGCCUUUAAAACCGUGUUCAAAGGGUUCGACACCGACACCUGGGUGGAGGUGGCCUGGUGUGAGCUCCAGGACCGGAAGCUGACGAAGGCGGAGCAGCAGCGCUUCAAGGAGGAGGCCGAGAUGCUCAAGGGGCUCCAGCACCCGAACAUCGUCCGGUUCUACGACUCCUGGGAGUCGACGCUGAAGGGCAAGAAAUGCAUCGUCCUCGUCACCGAGCUCAUGACCUCGGGCACCCUCAAGACGUACCUGAAGAGGUUCAAGGUGAUGAAGCCCAAGGUGCUGCGGAGCUGGUGCCGCCAGAUCCUGAAGGGGCUGCAGUUUCUGCACACCAGGACCCCCCCCAUCAUCCACCGCGACCUCAAGUGCGACAACAUCUUCAUCACCGGCCCCACCGGCUCCGUCAAGAUCGGGGACCUGGGGCUGGCCACGCUCAUGAGGACCUCCUUCGCCAAGAGCGUCAUCGGGACCCCUGAGUUCAUGGCCCCCGAGAUGUACGAGGAGCGUUACGACGAGUCCGUGGACGUUUACGCCUUCGGGAUGUGCCUGUUGGAGAUGGGCACGUCCGAGUACCCCUACUCUGAGUGCCACAACGCCGCCCAGAUCUACAGAAAAGUCACCAGUGGCAUCAAGCCGGCGAGUCUGCACAAGGUGCGGGACCCCGAGGUGAAGGAGCUCAUCGAGGGCUGCAUCCGACAGAACCGGGACGAGAGGCUCUCCAUCCGGGAUCUCUUGGCACACUCGUUCUUCGCCGAGGACACGGGGCUGAGGGUGGAGCUGGCCGAGGACCCCGGGGGUGCCGACCCCGCCCUGGCCCUGCGGCUCCGCGUCGAGGACCCCAAGAAGCUCAAGGGGAAGCACAAGGACAACGAGGCCAUCGAGUUCAGCUUCGACCUGGACGCCGACGACCCCGACGAGGUGGCCCAGGAGAUGGUGAGAUCCGGGUUCUUCCACGAGAGCGACUCCAAGGCCGUGGCCAAAUCCAUCCGGGACCGGCUGGUGCUGGUGCGGAGGGCGCGGGAGCGGCGCCCGGGGGGCCCCGGGGGGGCCCCGAGAACGAGGACCCCGAGGUGGAUCAGCACGUCAGGCAGCAGCUGCUGGGGCAGCAGCCCCCCCCUAAUGCCGAGGGGCUCCCCGAGAAUGGACCCCCCCCGGAAGUCACCGGGACCCCUACGGACCCCCGUGGUGUCACCGGGACCCCCCUGGACGUCACCGGAGCCCCCCCGGACCCCCAGGGCUCAGCAGGGCCCCCCCAGGAUGGGCCCCCCCCGGUGCCCCCCGGGGCCGAGGGGACGUUGGGGGACGGCGCUGGAGGGGUCCCAGCAGAGCCCCCCGAGGGGGACGUUGGGGUCACCCCCCUGCAGGUGGCACCGGGGGCACCGGGGCCGGGGGUGGCUCUGGGGGUGACACCAGCUCUGGAAGUGCCACCAAGCCUGGCGGUGCCACCACCCCAAGGGAUGCCACCGGGUCCAGGAGCGUCACUGGGUCUGGAAGUGUCACCAGCUCAAGCGAUGGCACCGGCUCUGGGGGUGGCACCGGCUCCAGG